AUGAGCGACAAGCCCCCCGAUGAUCCUACCCGAUGGUAUCCCCUCGGCCAGUACGUCGAAGAUGAGGAUAACUACAGCGGGAACCGUGUCGGGGUUGCUGACGACGACGAUGGAGGCCAAACCUUCACCCUGGCUCGAGAAGACAUGGCGGCGCUGAACCGAUUCACUCAAACAGGCCGAAUGCUCCCCAUGACUCGCAAUGGAUAUGAGGUUCAAAUGGGUCUCACCAGCGAGGCCGAACUGACUGACCAAGUCUGGAACGCGGUAGACACGAUGCUCCUUACCUUUAAAACCAUCAAUAACGACUGCAACUCCUUCUUGAGCGAAGAAGGCAAUGGAGACGCGGGCAAGGGCACUUGGGCCAAGACUGUUGACGUUGCUGCUCAGAUUUGGACCUAUAGCGACAAUGCCGGGGGUGAGGCCGGCGACUCGUUUUACGAGAGUAUGCUUGCGGCUGUCAAUGCCUUCAAUGAAGCAACCAAUGAGGACGACAAGAACGCACAGAAGGAUUUGAUCAAAGAGUAUACGGACAUGCAGAAAAAAGAUUGCUCAGCACUCGCGACGGCCGCCGAAACAGUCGAGACUGAGCUGGGUGCGUUUCAGACCAGGUGCUCGGGCUAUGCCACAGAACUUACAGGCCAUGAGAAAACGAUGGAGGGUCUCCUGCAGCAGGAGUAUGGCGAUAUUGAGUGUCUGAAGGCGGACAUUGAAAAGCAGACCGCUAUUAUCAAGUCAAAGCAGAGCAAGAUUGAUGCAGACCGCCUCAUAGAAAAGCAAGAAGCCUACUACGAGUGGAUUCCCUUCGUUGGCGCCAUUGCCGCUGCUAUCGUAACGGCGGUGAUGGAAACCAAUAUUGCCGACCUGGAAGAUGCGAUCAAGAAGUUGCAGGACAUCAUCGCCUCGGACCAAGAGAAAAUCCGAGUUGUAGGAGCUGUGCAGGGCCAUGUUACCGGCAUGAAGACCGAAAUCCACGAACUCAAUGACGUUCUUACACCGGCCAUCACGACGCUGGGGAAGCUGAAAGGAGCCUGGCAAGCCAUGGGGACCAUGCUGGACGCGCUGAACGCGGCAUUUAGCAAGGCCAACGAUGAAAUUGACUACCCAAGCAUAGAGAAGAACGAGCUUGAUAAGAUCCGGCGCAAGUGGAACGACCUUCGAAGCUACACACAAACGUAUCAGGAGGUCGCAUAUCUGACCGACGUGCCCAAGGCGACUUCCUUCGGGCAAUAUCUGGAUGAGUUGGAGCAAUCAAAGAAGUCCCUCAACUGAUUCUGGUCAUUGAUCUCAGGGCGGGUGUUGCCUAUAUCGAUUAGCAUCAUCACAGAUUUUCACUAAGUUACCUAAUAGUUAUUGAAAUGCAUUCUGUU